AUGCAACUUCAGAAAGUGAUAUAUCAUUCGACAUAUGUUGAAAGUCCAAAGGAACGAUCGUUUCGACAUGCGCUAGAGAUAGCCUAUCAAGGACAGGUUGUGCUGGAGACAUUCAAGAGCGAUAUGAUCAAUGAAACAUGGGAAAUUGUAAUUUUCGUUGAACAGAGUCAUUCUUUCAGACUUCGAGUUUAUCGAAACGUAUUUACAAUCGGUGAAAAUCGCAGUUGGUUAACAACCGCAAAACUCUUAACACCGACAGAGAUCGGCGAUCACAAUAAGUUGACCGCAGAGUGGCCGCUUGAUACACGCGCAUUGGCAACCAACUAUAAACGCAUGCUGGCCAUGUCACCUUUCUUUAGCGAUACAAUUUCAUUCAGUGAAGACGCCUACGGUACCGUCUUGAUUAUAGGUCUACGUGGCGGUGGUCUAUCGAACUUCUUGCACGGUGAACGCAAAAAUGUUCGUUUCGUCGAACUUGUCCACUCAACUAGAUUUCUUCAUCCGUCCCGAUCUAAUAUAGAUACGUUUUCGGAACAACCAAACUGA